AUGGAAGAUGUACGCCGGUACCUGUUCACAGCGCCCAAAGCCUUCGUCGCCGGCACGCCUGAGCGGGUGUGUCUGACCCUGUUCGACGUGCCCGAGACCGGCGACCUGACGCUGACAUUCAAGAGAAGUGAGAGUGGCCCGACGGUCGCACAGCACACCCAGCAGGUGUCGGGCGUGGCGGGUGGAUCUAAACAGACCUGCUUUGCAGUUCAACUACCAAAACAGAGGAUUUAUAACGCCUGGAUGGGUUUGGAAGUGACUUACCCAUCCGCCGUCGACUACGCCAUAUCAGGAAGUCUACGCGUCUCUACCUAUUUAAGCGACGUUCCUGAAGAGCAUCACUUCCUUCAGACAGACAAGUACGUAUACAAGCCGGGACAGCUGGUCCGCUUCCGCGUCUUCUCCGUCGACUCGAACCUGAGGCCAAUUUCGGAACCGUUGCCGCAGAUUUACAUCGAAUCGCCGGCCGGGACGAGGGUGGCGCAGUGGACAGAUGUGACUGGUCAGAGCGGGCUGGUGCAGCUGGAGAUGCAGCUGGCCGAGGAACCCAGUCUGGGUGAAUGGAACAUACACGUGGCGACAAGCGGCGGGCGUAAGGUGAAAAAGACAUUCAAGGUCAAGGAGUUUGUGCUGCCCAGGUUCGAGGUCAACAUCCAGGGUCCCCCAUUCAUUCUGGGUGACGCCGAAGAAGUGACGUUGAAGGUGUGCGGAAGGUACACCUACGGCAAGCCGGUGCAAGGAAAGGCAACGAUUCGUGUCACAUCUGACUUGCAUUACUCCCAAAGCAAGCAUAUCAAGGACGGACUCAUUUCCGAGGACGACUGUCCCGUGUUCCAUAUCAGUAGCAGAGACCUCGGCUUCGGAUCCAAAACCCGCAGUUUCAAGGUCACCGCCGAAGUAACAGAGGACGGCACUGACGUCACGAUUAACAGCACCAAAACGUUCACCGUUGAGUACCAAGAGCUGAAGUUGGACACUGAAAACCAGAGAAGCAAAUAUUUCAAGCCAGGACUUCCCUUCACCGAUCAGAUCACGGUGCGCCACCCGGACAACACACCAGCUCCCGGUGAGCUGGUUCGGCUGUGUUUUGAGACCCACCGGACGACGACAGACCUCGGAUUCGCCAUGAAGUCUUCUGCCGAUCCGGUCUGUCUGAACGUCACGUCUGACAGCAAAGGUGUGGUCGCGUUCACUGUGCCACCUCAAGAUCAGAAAAUCGAAGACAUAUCGAUUCAGGGUGAAUGGAACAUACACGUGGCGACAAGCGGCGGGCGUAAGGUGAAAAAGACAUUCAAGGUCAAGGAGUUUGUGCUGCCCAGGUUCGAGGUCAACAUCCAGGGUCCCCCAUUCAUUCUGGGUGACGCCGAAGAAGUGACGUUGAAGGUGUGCGGAAGGUACACCUACGGCAAGCCGGUGCAAGGAAAGGCAACGAUUCGUGUCACAUCUGACUUGCAUUACUCCCAAAGCAAGCAUAUCAAGGACGGACUCAUUUCCGAGGACGACUGUCCCGUGUUCCAUAUCAGUAGCAGAGACCUCGGCUUCGGAUCCAAAACCCGCAGUUUCAAGGUCACCGCCGAAGUAACAGAGGACGGCACUGACGUCACGAUUAACAGCACCAAAACGUUCACCGUUGAGUACCAAGAGCUGAAGUUGGACACUGAAAACCAGAGAAGCAAAUAUUUCAAGCCAGGACUUCCCUUCGCCGAUCAGAUCACGGUGCGCCACCCGGACAACACACCAGCUCCCGGUGAGCUGGUUCGGCUGUGUUUUGAGACCCACCGGACGACGACAGACCUCGGAUUCGCCAUGAAGUCUUCUGCCGAUCCGGUCUGUCUGAACGUCACGUCUGACAGCAAAGGUGUGGUCGCGUUCACUGUGCCACCUCAAGAUCAGAAAAUCGAAGACAUAUCGAUUCAGGCCACGAUACCGCGCCUAUCCGAGACCAGGUACCCGUACGGCGGAAGCAGUUGGUCUUCCGCCCGGCGCAAUUGGUACCCAUCAACAUGGAUGAAAUCGCCCAGUCUCAAGUACGACAUCACGGGCUGGUCCUCUGAGUCAGGAGCCUUUGUGCAGCUGCUUCGGCUGCCCCGCAAGGAGUUCACGUGCGGCGCUGAGGCCCACAUUGACGUCUUCUUCACGACCCGUCUGGGAUCGCAGUUCGAGCUGUUUUACCAGGUCACGGCCAACAGCGACAUCUUGCUGGCGGACUUAGUGCCGGUGACGUUUUCCGAGGCGGUCGACGCCUCUGCACUGCAGGAGGGCAGGGUCGUUAACCUGCCCACGGUGUCCGGGUCCCAUCCCGUCGGUCAGGUGGCGCUCACGAUCCCAGUGACGUCAUCCAUGUCCUCGGGCUUCCAUGUUCUGGUCUACAUGGUGAUUGAUGGCGAGGUGAUCGCGGACAGCCAGUCAUACGCUGCGGAGCGCUGUCUGGACAACCAGGUGUCGCUGCGCUGGUCGCCUGACCGUGUCCAGCCGCGGGACACCGUGCAUCUGACGGUCACGGCAGCUCCCCGCUCCCUUUGUGGACUCGAUGUGGUUGACAAAUCGGUGAGUCUACUCGGCAAUAAGAACAAGAUCACGCUGUCCGACAUCUAUAGGAGACUUCGAGUUCUCACCUCGCGUGUUGGCACCAGUCAGAUCAACGACGACGAAUACUGCAGGGCCAAACACGGACUGCCGCUGCCCUCGGACCCCCCUGGCUCCCCACCAGCCAUGCCGGCCAGGCGGAGGAGGCCGUUCCAGUCGGGUAUUACUAUUGCACCACCGCGGUAUUACGGCUGGGCUUCGACCCAUGCGGAUUCGCUCACCGCAUUCGAUAGCAGCUCAGUCAUGGUGUUGUCGGACCUUGUCACCGAGGCGCGCAACUGCAUUGCCAAAAUCCGCCUAGCUUAUCCUUGGCGUCUUAUCUCUACCCACGGAGGCACUAUUACUAGCACCGAUUGGUCUAUAGCCGCUGGCCUCUUCACACAAGUUUUAACAACCACACAACAACGAACAUUUUCCAGCUACGUCACUUCCACCAAAGUCCCGGACCCGGUCCCCUCAGCAGUGGUUUCCGACGCCCCGGCGCCGCCUCCGUCCGAGGUGCCUGACGAGGUUCGCACCGACUUCCGCGAGACGUGGUUGUUCGACCUCUACACAGUCGGGGACGACGGCUCGGUGACGUUGACACAGAAGGUGCCGGACACCAUCACCGAGUGGGUAGGCGGAGCCGUGUGCAGCUCAGAGACGGCCGGCCUUGGCGUGGCGCCGUCGGCCUCCAUCACCAGCUUCCAGCCGUUCUUCGUCAGCUACACGCUGCCCUACUCGGUGAAACGCGGCGAGACGCUGGUGCUCAAGGUCUCGGUGCUCAACUACAACGAAGAGGCACUGCCGGUCAAGCUGACACUGGUGGCGUCGGACGAGUUCGAGACGCUCUCGGCGCCGGUGGUGACCUCGUGCGUGUCGACCGGCGUGGCCGAGGUCGUGCCGUACCGGCUGCGGCCCGGCCAGCUCGGCGACGUUAACAUCACCGUGGUGGCUGAAGUGUACUCCGACUUCCCCGCCGAGUGUGGCUCAGGGGUGGUGCCCUACUUCAGGGAUGCCGUGACCAGGCCGAUUCUGGUGGAACCGGAGGGCUUCGAGCAUGAAGUCAUCCAUUCCUUCUUCAUGUGCAUCAGCCCGGAGGGUGCCGACCUGUCGAGCGGACCGAACAGACGGGAGGUUGACUGGCCGCUGCUUCUGCCGGCCGACCUGGUGCCCGACUCCGAGCGGGCCUCAAUCGCCGUCGUCGGAGACCUGCUGGGACCCAGCAUUGACAACCUGGAGUCGCUGGUACGGCAACCAACCGGUUGCGGCGAACAGAACAUGGUGCUGUUCGUUCCCAACAUUCACGUCAUGAAGUAUUUGACUGCAGUUGGUCAACUGACUGAGCAAAUCAAGGAUAAACUUGUCCGCUUUAUGAGAUCAGGCUACCAGAGCGAGCUGGGCUACCGUCACGAGGACAAAUCCUACUCGGCAUUCGGCAAGUCGGACGCCUCAGGCUCCAUGUGGCUGACCGGCUUUGUCAUCAAGUCGUUCGGUGACGCAAAGGAGUUCAUUUUCAUCGACGAGUCUGAUCUGGAAGGAGGUGUGCGAUGGAUCGAAUCCCAUCAAUUGGGUAGCGGCUGCUUCCCAUCUGUGGGGACGGUUCUCAACAAAAAAAUGAAGGGCGGCGUUGGGUCCGGCGGCCAGCAGGCGCUGACGGCCUACAUCACCAUCGCGCUGCUGCAGUCGGGGGUCGAGCUGGGCGAGAACACCGUCCACGGCGCCUUCCGCUGCCUGACGCAGGACAUCAGCUCUGACCUGUACACGCUGACGCUGCUGACGCACGCGCGCGCCGUGGCCGGCCGCCUGGACGAGGCGCGGUUUGGUCUGACAGAGCUCAAGAGCCGCGCCACCAGGGAGGAGGGCCUGGUGUACUGGCGCAACGAAGGCUCUGACGAGAAUCGGGCGCUCAGCGUAGAGAUGGGUGCCUAUAACAUUCUGACGAUGAAGCUGCUGGAGAAAGCCGGUGACGACAGCAGCGAGCACUUCAGCGACGCGCUGGGUGCCGUGCGCUGGAUCACCCAGCAGCGCAACAGUCGCGGCGGCUUCGUGUCCACGCAGGAUACGGUGCUGGCGCUGGAGGCACUGGCCGCCUUCUCGGCCAACCUGCCUCGCUCCAGCAGCGCCGACCUGCGAGUACACGUCUCCGAUGACGACUCGCUGAACGACGUCAUCAGCGUGACGGCGGACAAUCUGCUACUGAUGCAAACUCGUGACGUCACGCUGCUGCCAGGUCACGUCCAAGUCAGAGCACAGGGCACCGGCUGCGCCCUGGUGCAGGCCUCGUUGAAAUACAACGUGUACACAGCCGGUCCAAACGACGCACUGACGAUCAACGUGGCUGCCAAGCCCAAAAUGAACCAGCGGGAAUGUCUGAAGCAUACCAUAGACAUCUGCGUCAGCUACCUGAAGGAGGAUAGCGAAACCAAUAUGGCUGUGGUUGAGCUGGACAUGGUCAGCGGGUUCAUUCCCAACAAGGGAAGUCUGAAUGACCUCAAGCAGAACGUCGAGUUGGGUCUGAAGCGCUGGGAGGUCAACAACAACAAGGUGGUCUUCUACUUCGACUCGCUGGAUGGAAAGGAGCGCUGUUUCGGCAUCAUCGUACAGCGGGAGCAGGAGGUGGAAGAUGCCAAACGGGCGGUGGCCAGCGUGUAUGAUUAUUACCAGACAGAGUUCGCCCGGAGCGCGUCGUACGCCCUGGACGUCAACUGCGACACAGUGCUGCUGUAGCCAAUAGCCGAUUCCACCGCCUGUGUCCGAGAACGACCAGCAAGGAGGUAACGCUGCCUGGGCCGCAGCGCCCUGUCCAGCUUAGUAGCGCGUGCUGUCUGCCAACGACACGGGCUGAGAGCGCUUGUGAUUAUUGGGAAGGACGCAGACAACAGUCUUCCGGAAUUUUUCAGAUGGGUCAGUUCACUGAUAUAACAUUAAUGGCAUCCAAGGUUCGUAGUGAUACGUAGCUGCGUCUCGCACGUCCUUGUCAGUGUGAUCACGGUUUGGUGCUAAGAACGGUUAUGGACGCUGUUGGUUACCACCCGAGCACCACGCGUCUUUGAAUGGACACGAGCCUGGACUUAUUACAACGCCGGCCGGUCGCCACGAUUUUCUGUUUGGAAAUGUAUUGUCUGGUUUGUUCUUUGAUAAUCAUACCGCAAAGAAUAUAGAUAAGGGCGACCCGAGUGAAGUUACUGCAAUCACGCUGCUGGAUAUCGCGUUAUCAGCUGUUGAGCCGCUACGCUUUGCUAACGCUUUAACCUGUCACUUCACUCGGCAUCUCUGCCGUGUGCGGAACCAUGCUCUUCAGUGAACUUUGUGCACAGCCCGGUCGAUCGAUAUUUAGCCGGAGACGUUUACUCGCUGUAACAUCGACAAUAAACGCAACAAUGGCUGUCA